ACCGAACAGGUACACCGAAUGUACAAAGUACAAGUAGAUUUUGUUUGGUUUAAAUUAAAAAUUUAAUGUAUUUGUUUAUUUUUACAUGUUAGUAUUUUCUACAUAAUAUUGAACAAAUUUAUAUGUAUAAAAUGGAAACCAAAGUAGCAGUAGUAACUGGAGCAAACAAAGGUAUUGGAUUCGAAAUUGUGAAAGGAUUAUGUCAAAAGUUUAAUGGAACUGUGUUCCUCACAGCUAGGAACGAAGAAAGAGGUUUACAAGCCGUAAAAAAAUUAGAGGAGCUGGAUCUGCAUCCAAAAUUUCACCAGUUAGAUGUUACAAGUGAAGAGAGCCUGGAAAAAUUUGCUACCCACAUUUCAAGAAAUUAUUCUGGAAUAAAUGUUCUUAUCAAUAACGCCGGCUCUCUUGAUUACGAUAAGUCUGUUUCAACCUACGAUGAAGCUAAAAAAUUGAUUGAUACGAAUUUUAUGAGCUUGUUGAGUGUAUCCAAGAUUUUGUAUCCAUUACUGAGAGAUGAUGCUCGUAUUAUUAACCUUAGCAGUGAUUGGGGGUUGUUAUCAAAUAUACGAAAACAAGUAUGGCUUGACACAUUAGUGAAAGAUAACCUCACAGUUGAUGAAAUCAAAGAUUUUGUGAAUGAUUUUUUACAAGCAGCUAAAAAUGGCAAGAAUGCAUUUGUUUCAUUUGCUGGUCAUUAUGGAGAUUACAAAGUGUCUAAAGUGGCUUUGUCAGCAUUAACUUUUGUGCAACAGAGACAGUUUAAUGAGCAAGGAAAAAAUAUUUCUAUAAAUUGUGUUCAUCCUGGAUUUGUUAAGACUGACAUGACAAAUGGGAUGGGUGAUUUCUCUCCGGAACGUGGUGCCCGUGCACCUUUAUAUUUAGCAUUGGAAGCACCACAAAGCUUGAAAGGUACAUUUGUAUGGCACGAUUGCCACCAAGUCAACUGGGAUGACUAGGAUGUAAUGGUGUAUUAUUGUUGCUGUUACAACCAUGUUACUCUUGUGAUAACAGUGUCACACACUUUAAAAUGUAAUAUAUUGAUUCUUU